AUGGCGUUGUGUCCCAUCUGUGGCCCCAAACUGUCCAUAUGUUGUUCAUUGCUGUCGAUAUGGGGUAUAAUAAUGUUGGUUAUAAUGGGAGGUCUACUGAAGAUGAAGUCGAUAGCGUUCGCCGAGGAUCUGCUCGAAGAGUACACGUCGGCGCCGCUCAAAGACAUGGACGAGUUCCUGAAGGCGGCCGACGAGAAGUACGAGAACGCGGCGGUCAGCACUUGGAUCGCCGCCGCCAUCUAUGUCGCCACUCUUGCCUUCAGCCUCUUCCAGGCCUUCCUCAACAAGAAGGCCGACAAACUGUAG